GGGGACACACGUCUUUCUUACAGCGCCUGUAAUACCCAUUCUCCGAUCAUGGACGCGGGAUUCUUCCGCGGCACAAGUGCGGAGCAAGACAAUCGUUUCAGCAACAAGCAGAAGAAACUGCUGAAGCAGCUGAAAUUUGCAGAAUGUCUGGACAAGAAGGUGGACAUGACCAAAGUGAACCUAGAAGUCAUCAAACCUUGGAUUACACAGCGAGUGACAGAGAUUCUGGGAUUUGAGGAUGACGUCGUCAUAGAGUUCAUAUUUAACCAGCUUGAGGAAAAGGCCUGAACCAAUAUGGAUGUUAUACCUUGCAUCAGAAGUAUAGCACCAACACCUAAUUAGCUCUCUCCUGAGCCCAAAGUCUCUGAGCCCAACUCUCCCUUCAUGAUGCAGUGUGUGUUUUGAGGUGAGUUAUAUGCAGGGCUUACCAAUAUCAUGUCAGUGAAAGAAACACCUGAACAAUGCCAUGAUCAUAAUCACUAGAGAUAUUUGCAGUGCAUCAUGUAACUGCAAAGAGUGUUUAAAGCUAAAUGGAACUAUAAUCUUAAACCAGGUAAAGUUUAAUAAUAUGCUGUUGCCUAUUUUAAAGAAUAUUGAAACCCUCCUUACUAUUAUGUAAAUAAUAGCUUUAGGAUGAGUAGUUUCUCACUGACGAUCUCUGAUUAAAAGUUAAAAGUUUUAAAGUUUAAGCCAGAUUAAAAGUAUCACAUUCUUUGCACCCUGUUGGAUGUGGCCAGAAGCGUUUUCCUUUGCACAAGUAACCCCCAUAUGACGGUGCCUAGAACACAGCUAGAUGUAUCUUUACAUCACAGUAGCAGGUUGAGAACUUCAACCACUUAAGGUUAGCACAAACCACAUCACUUUCUGUAUAUAUUUAUUAAGUUAUUAUUAAACUGUUACUUUAACAUCCAACUGCACCCAGCAUCUCUGUCAGUUGUGGUCAGAUGUUUGGAGUUUAUCCAUCCAAAUUAAAUACUGGUCAUGUUUUUGACCUUCACAUCAUUCCUACUAUUAGAGCUGUAAUGCUAAGUCCUACUGAUGUUCUUCAUAUAUUAAAUAAAGUUUUUUGUAUGAACUAAAUUCUUUGUUUUAAAUCCCUUAGGCAAUCUAUCUUAUAUCUUCAAAGAUAUUUCUUUAAAAAUCUGAAUGAAAACAGAGAAAUAUAGUGUGGUGGGCGGGGUUUAUCAAUGUAAUUUAUAUACAGCACCCUGCAUUAGAUUAUUACAAGGAUCCAUCUCAUAGUAUACUUUCAGGCAAGUGUGGUAUGUAUGGUAUCAAUUCUCAUAGAAUGCUAAAACCUUGUUUGAUUAUUUAAAGUGUAUAUGUUACACCAGCACUACGUGAAAGUGUUUUUUCAAGCUUUUUGUUUCAUCUUUUACUCGCCAUAUGGUGGGCUGGUAAAGCUAAGUUUAAAGGGCACUGGUGACAUUUGUUAAUUGAAUUGAGAUUACGAUAUUUCACAAUUAUAAUUGUUGAAAUAAAACUCAUUUUUUUGUGUAACUGUGUACUCAUUAUUGCUUGUUCGUCUCUUGCAAUUUAGAUAAAUGAUAUAACAUUAAGCUCAAGGUGGUUGAGUCUCAAGCAGUAGGGAGGCGGAAGCAAGCCAAGGGAGCUCCGUGCCCACUGAUCCCACGGGACUCACUGAAGACACCGGAACUGUACUUGCAGUGUUGGGUUUUAAAGCACUCUGUAUUGUGGCUUUUUGUUUAACUCCUGAAUGUAGACUGUGGGGAGAUUAGAGAACAAGGGGGUGGGUAGGGACACAGACAUGUAAACUAGUGGGCAUAACACUGAAAAAACAAAUAAUGGCAAAACAUACAUAUAUAUAUUUUUGUGGACUUUGUUUUGAUAGAUCUUACAUCUUAGGAAUACAUCAGAAAUGGAGAUAGCAUCAGUAUUGCAUGCAGUUGUAUUCCACUAGACACAUCUCCCCUCAGAUAGCUCACAUUCUCAGUUUGAUGAGUUUGUGAGUAUAUUAUUCACUUCUAUUUUGAUAUUACCCAGAUAUGUUAAAAUAUCUUAAAUGUUUCUAAUAUGGUUAAUUACAUAGUUACAGGUAUAGUUAGUGAGGACUAGAAGGUAGGCAGUCCCUUUUUUUGGGAUCCUACCUCCCCUUGAUAUUUUUCCAUCCAUUAUUUCAAUUGCCAUAUGGUCUUUUCUCUCCCCCCUUCGUGUGUGUGUUACAGCACCCCGAUAGCAAGAUGAUGCAGAUCAACCUGACAGGCUUCCUAAAUGGGAAGAAUGCCCGGGAGUUCAUGAAGGACCUGUGGCCCCUAUUGCUGAGUGCCCAGGAGAACAUUGCUGGCAUCCCCUCUGCUUUUCUAGAACAGAAGAAGGAGGAGAUUAAACAGAGACAGAUCGAACAGGAGAAGCUUGCUUCUCUGAAAAAGGUUGAUGAGGAUAAGAAGGACAACAGAGAGAGGGCUCAAUCAAAGAGCCCAAGGAGGCGGAAGACAAGGUCACCGUCACCACGGCGAAGGUCACCAGUGAAGCGGGAAAGAAAACGCAGUGCAUCGCGCUCCCCAAGACGUAAACCCAGCCCAGUUGGUAGCAGUUCACCACCUCCACCCCUGAUGCAGCUGCCCACAAAGCCUUUAGACCAGCUUGUGGAGUCAGAAACAUCAGAAAGAGCUAUGCCAGAACAAGUCAUCCAAGACGCAUCUACCACUUGUGACACAGUUGUGGAGGUGUUGAGAGCAGACCCUGUGAUUGAAGUGAAAGACCCCUCACCUGAGAAAGUUCACAAGAGAGAAGAAAGGCCCAGGUCCAGGGAAAAGGACAAGGACAGCAGGAGGGAAAGACCACACCGCCGCUCUCGUUCUCAUUCCCGCUCUCGCCGGCGACGUUCCCGUUCAAGAUCGUACUCCCCUCGUAGAAGACCGAGUCCCAGGAGGAGAAUGUCUCCUAGGCGAAGGAGUCCCCCAAGACGUGGCCCUACUGGUUCCAGACACAGACAUAGACGCUCCCCUGUCCGUAGGAGGCGCUCUCGCUCUGCUUCAUCCUCUGGCAGCAGCUCUUCAGGCUCUCGCUCACCUAAAAAAGCAAUGAAAAGAAUAUCUAGCACACCUCCCCGAAAACAGGCCCAUCCUCCUGAUACUUCCAUAAGCCCUGCAGGGAAGGACAGACGGUCUCAAUCUCCUCGUGUCAGAAGAGGCAGAGGAUCUGCAUCACCAGCCAGAUCAUCCGGUUUUAAGCGAAAACCAGGAGGCAGGGCUGAUUCAUCCCCUGAAAAUGCCAAACCUAGACCUUCUGAGGGGUCCGAAUCAGAGGAGGAUAAAAAUGAGAAAGGGGCAACAGCAGAUUCCGUGCAGCAACGUCGUCAAUAUCGCAGACAGAAUCGUCAGUCUUCUUCAGAUACUGGGUCUUCCUCCUCAGACAAUGAGGGGCCCAAGAGGCCAAAAGCAGGGCCAGGUGCCAGAAAUGGUGAAGUCAGGAGGAGACGCAGCCGUACCCCGUCUCCACGGAGGAGACACAGAGAUAUCUCUCCUAGGAAAAGACGCUCUCCAUCUCCUGGGCGCAGACGCCGCACCCCUUCUCCCCCACGUCGUCGCAGAUCUCCUUCUCCUCCCAGACGAAGGUCUCCUUCUCCACCUCCUCGUCGUCGUUCUCCAUCCCCCAGGCGUUACUCUCCACCUAUCCAACGUCGCUACAGCCCCUCACCUUUGCCUCCACAGAAGAGGAGGAUGUCUAUGUCUCCCUCAAAGCGCUCUUCUCCAGGGGCAAAGCGACGAUUUUCCAGGUCCCCCAAGCGCAGAAGUUCUCCUCCUCAAAGGAGACGCCCAUCCCCACCGUCCUCAUCUCCACCCAGACACAGGAGGAGCCCAAUGUUGCAAUCCGUCAGGCCAAGCAGGGACACACGAUCUCCUGUUGCAGCAGCCAGUCGCCACUCCCCAUCUCCUGCCAACCGCAGUCGCACUGUCAGAGGUUCACCCAGUCCACAGGGGCGUUAUGAAACCUCCAGCGCCUCUCCGACAAAUCAGCGGAGACAGCAGUCCCCUUCACAUAGCGGCAAACCCAUCCGCAGAGUGUCACGCACACCAGAACCACGCAACAACCAGAGACCAUCUCCAAGUCCCCAGCCUAUGAGAAGAGCAUCCUCCAGAUCCAGAUCUGUUUCUCCUCAACCAGCAGCUCAAAAACGUACAGCGCCAGCAUCUGCCUCCCCAUCACCGUCUCACUCAGCCAGUGGUUCUCCACCACCAGCCAAAAAGCCUAGCAGUGGCUCAGGCAGUCAAUCCCCAAAUAAGAAUUCGGAUGUUGACGCCAGUGGGAAGAAAAAGAAGAAGAAGAAGGAGAAGAAACACAAGAAAGAGAAGAAACACAAGAAGCACAAGAAACAUAAGAAGGAGAAGAGUGGUGGCACUGUGACAGGAGAUGGACAAGAGAACCAGGGUGUGGAAGAGGAUGGCGAGUCAAGAAAGGAAUCAGACAGUGAAGUAGAGGACAGCUUGGAUGACCUGGAAAAGCACCUUCGAGAGAAGGCCCUGCGCUCAAUGAGGAAGGCCCAGAUGUCUCCAUCACAGAUGUCCUGAAACAAUGGACUUUCUCUUUAAUGAUUUUUCAACUCUUAUCUUGUUUGUCAACAACCUGGUUCAGCUUUAGAAUGUACAAAUUGUGAAUCUUGAGUUUUUUUGUUUCCUUUUUACUGGUUUGGUACUUUCUAAACUGUGUCUCAUUAAGAGCUUGCUUUGUCAGUUGGUGUUUAAUCUAUACUGUAAACAAGCUUGUGUUGUCCAUAAUUUUAAAUUGUUUAGCAGGGGAACGGUUAAGGCUCAGAGAUGUGCAUUAGGCAGGUUUAAAAUGUUUUCCAAAGCCUACAGUAGAUUCCAUUGACAAAAUGAUUGCAUGUGCAUUGAAAGUCUCUGAUGUGCAUGAACCACCAGAUUUUUAAUUGUAGACAUAAAAACCUACAUACAGUAACACACUGUUACUAAUGCCUUUGAUAUGUGGAAGCAGUUUUACCACUGUGAUCUGUUAUAAUGGCAUUAACAAAGUCUUGUCCCACAUUGUAACUGAAUAGAGCUGUUUGGCAGUGUUUAAAAUGCUGUUUCCUAAUUUUGAAGUAGUCUUGUUUUAAGACAAUAAUAAUCUGAUGUGAUACAAAGUAUGCUUUAUUUUUUUCUUAUGACUUAAAAUGCAGUUUUAUUUUGACACCCUGCAUCAAGCUAAUCUCUGUUGGACUUUGAUUUAUCUUUAGUACCCCUGGCUUUUGUCAUCUUGUCAUCCUUUCAGAAUUAAAACCUUUUUAUAGGAA